CCCCUCGUGUCCCCAGAGUUCUGCGAGAACCUGUCACCCGAGUGCCGCGAGAGCGUCAUCAUGGGACAGAUCCUGCCCUGCAUCAAGGAGCUGGUGUCGGACGCCAACCAGCACGUGAAGUCGGCGCUGGCCUCGGUCAUCAUGGGGCUGUCGCCCAUCCUGGGCAAGGAGAACACGGUGGAGCAUCUGCUGCCGCUGUUCCUGGCGCAGCUCAAGGACGAGUGCCCCGAGGUGCGCCUCAACAUCAUCUCCAACCUGGACUGCGUCAACGAGGUCAUCGGCAUCCGGCAGCUCUCGCAGUCGCUGCUGCCGGCCAUCGUGGAGCUGGCCGAGGACGCCAAGUGGCGCGUGCGCCUCGCCAUCAUCGAGUACAUGCCCCUGCUCGCGGGGCAGCUGGGCGUGGAGUUCUUCGACGAGAAGCUCAACUCGCUCUGCAUGGCCUGGCUGGUCGACCACGUGUACGCGAUCCGCGAGGCGGCCACGAGCAACCUGCGCAAGCUGGUGGAGAAGUUCGGGCGCGAGUGGGCGCAGGGCGCCAUCGUGCCCAAGGUGCUGGCCAUGGCGGCCGACCCCAACUACCUGCACCGCAUGACCACGCUCUUCUGCGUGAACGUGAGCGCCGCGGGAGCGGGAGCGGGAACGGGA